UUGGUGGAGUGGAAACGGGUUCGACGAGUGGAACGAGCGCGCAAGGAAGCACUCGACGAACAACUCAGUUACAUCGUGGACCGCACGGAGCGCUACUCGCGCCAGCUCGCCGCCAACAUGGCGCCCGCCGGCCCCGCCUCUACCGCCUCCACCUCCGGGCCCGCCACCGCCGCGCCCUCCGACGACGAGUUCACGCCGCGCGGCUGCUCUGACGACGACGAGGAGACCAUCGCGGCCGCCGAGCGCGAGGCAGGGCUCGAUGCCGCCGCGCAUAAGGACGAGAUCGAAGCGCUACGCCGCGAGUCCCGCCUCGACCUCGGCGACCUGUUACCGCCCGGCUACCUGCCCGUCCACUCACCGCCGCCCUCCGACUAUUCGCCCGACGACGACGACGACUCCGCCGACGACGAGCGCACCAUCGCCGAGCAGGAACGCGCCGAGCGCGGCCGCGACGCCGCCGCUGAGCUGGAUGCGCUGCGCCGUGAUGCAGAUCUCGAUAUCGACGAGCUUGUGCGACGGUACGCCGCCGGCGAGCCGGCCGACACCGACACGGAUGCGGAAACCGCCGCCACAACCUCCACCGGCGAACAAUCAGACUCGGACUCUGAAUCGGACGCGAGUGGCACGCCCGAGGAACCCCUAGAAGUUCUCAUGCAAGAAACACCUACGGACGGACCAGAGGCGAAAGCGUCGUUAUCCGCGGCUACAGCGAUUACCGCCGACGCGGGGGAGUCGGAACGGCGUGUGGAAGAGGCGUCGUCCCUGGCGGCAUCACUGCAGCCUACAGGUACGACGUUGUCGGAGACCGCGGUAGGCACACCGGUGCCGCGCUUGUUGCGGCACGCGUUGCGAGAAUAUCAACACGUCGGUCUGCACUGGUUGGCAACUAUGCACGCGCGAGGACUCAACGGAAUCCUAGCGGACGAGAUGGGGCUCGGAAAGACCGUUCAGACCAUAGCACUAUUGGCUCAUCUUGCACUGGAACGACUCGACUGGGGGCCCCAUCUUGUGGUGGCACCCACAUCUGUUGUGCUCAACUGGGAGAUGGAGUUUAAAAAGUGGUGUCCUGCUUUUAAAAUACUUACUUACUACGGCACCAUAAAAGAACGCAAGCAGAAGCGGGUUGGAUGGACCAAAGCAAAUUCGUUCCAUGUUUGCAUCACUUCAUACAAAUUAGUUGUACAGGACCACCAGAGUUUUAGACGAAAAAAGUGGAAAUAUCUAAUUUUGGACGAGGCCCAGAAUAUCAAAAAUUUUAAAUCUCAAAGAUGGCAGUUACUCCUGAACUUUCAGACAGAAAGGCGGCUGCUGCUGACGGGCACGCCGCUGCAGAACAGCCUGGUGGAGCUGUGGUCGCUCAUGCACUUCCUCAUGCCGGACGAGUUCGCGUCGCACUCGGAAUUCCGCGAGUGGUUCGCGGAGAUCGGCGCCAUGGCAGAGGGCGCGCGCUACGCAGAAGAGCCGCUGCGGCGUCUGCACGCCGUGCUGCGGCCCUUUCUGCUGCGCCGCCUCAAGCGCGACGUAGAGCGCCAGAUGCCGCGCAAGUACGAACGCGUGCUUAUGUGUCGCCUCGCCGCGCGGCAACGCUGCCUCUACGACGACUUCAUGUCGCGCGCCAAGACUAAGGAGAGUCUCGCGUCUGGCAAUUUGCUCAGCGUGAUAAACGUACUAAUGCAGCUACGGAAGGUGUGCAACCACCCCGACCUGUUCGAGCCGCGGCCGGUCACCUCCCCGCUGUACCUGGGCGCGCUGCGGCUGCACUCGCCCGCGCUCCUCAUGCUGACCGAGGUGUGCGAGCGCGCUGAGCUGGCGGCGCGCCUCGGCGGAAACCUCGCCGCGCUCGAGGCGGCCGACGCCGGCGCCUUCGCCGCGCACCGCGCCCGGCACCUCGCACCGCCGCGCCGCGCGCUCGAGGAGGGCGGCCGACGCGCGCCGCCGUCCGCCGCCGCGCUCUCGCCGCUCGCUCCGCUGCGUAUCCACCUCCGUCUGGUGCCGAGAGCCGCGCCGGCCGCAGCCGCGCCGCCACCGCCAGCGGUCGCGCUGGCCGCGACACCGCACUCUGCGCGUGCGCCACCACCGCCAGCCCCUCGCGCGCCGCCGUGCACCGCGCCGGCGGCCCGCUUGGAAGCGAGGCGACGUGCAGCUCUUCGUCGGCUGGCGGCUUGUAACGAGCGCCGGUGCUGGCGACUGCCGCUGUAUGGAGCGGAUUUACGCGCAGCGGUGUGGGCCGGUCCGCCGCCAGUGCCGCCGCGGGAUAUAGCUGAUUUGCUUACCGAAUUACACGACAUCAUAGACAGAUUUAGCAUCUGCUGCGCCACGGUGCGCGCGGAGCCGGUGUCGGUGUGCGCAGGCGCGGGCGGCGGCGCGCGUGACUGGCGCCGGCGCACCGCGCGCGCUGAGGCCGUCGCCACGCCGCCCGCGCGCGCCGCGCUCGCGCUGCUGCACGCGCCUGCCUCGCGCCAGGCCGUGGCCUUCCCGCACCCCUCGUUGCUGCAGUAUGACUGCGGUAAACUACAGACUUUAGCGGUGUUGCUGCGACGGCUCAAGGCAGGCGGACACCGCGUACUCAUUUUCACACAGAUGACGCGCGUUCUGGACGUACUGGAGGCGUUCCUCUCGAUGCACGGAUACGCAUAUCUGCGACUAGAUGGAGCCACGCGUGUCGACCGACGGCAACCGCUCGUCGACCGGUUUAAUGCAGAUCCGCGCAUUUUCGCAUUUAUCCUGUCCACACGGAGUGGUGGUGUCGGUCUUAACCUUACCGGUGCCGAUUCUGUAGUAUUCUACGACUCCGAUUGGAACCCGACGAUGGACGCGCAAGCGCAGGACCGAUGCCACCGCAUCGGACAAACUCGCGACGUUCACGUGUACCGACUAGUCACUGCUGCCACGGUCGAGGAAAAUAUUUUGCGUAAAGCGGAACAAAAACGUGCGCUCGGUCACCUCGCCAUCGAGGACGGACAUUUCACCACGUCGUAUUUGCGUGGGGCGAACAUCAAGGAGUUGUUCGGUGCGGAGGCGGCAGUGACGGAGAGCACCGCCGGCGGCGGCGGCGAGCUGGAGAGUGCGCUGGCCGCGGCCGAGGACGAGGCGGACGCGGCGGCGGCGCGGGCGGCGCGCGCAGAGGCGCAGGGCGAGCUCGCCGAGUUCGACGAGAGUGUGCCGCUCGACGACGAGCCGCGCCCGCAGCCGCGCGACGCCCGCGACCCGCACGCCGCCGAGCUCGCUGCGCUCAUGAGCCAGUUGACACCGAUUGAGAAGUACGCGAUGCGCGUGGUGGAGAGUGGUGAAGCGGCCAGCGAGGCGGAACGUGCCGCGCUCGGGGAGAUGCGCCGCCAGCUGCGCGAGUGGGAGGAGGCGCGCCGCCAGCUGCGUCGCGAGUCGCCCACGCGCUCGCCCUCGCCCACGCUCACCUACAGCCGCGGGCCGGCGCGCGCCGAGGUCUGGGUGAACGCAGCCGGAGACAAGAUGCCGGUUAGGUGUCUGCCCACGCCGCCCGCCGGCGACGGCGACGUGUACUGCGAGACCUGGUCGCGCCCGCUCUACUCGCCGGGCGCCGCACCCGAGGCGCUGCUGCCGCCCGUGCACCGCCGCGAGCCCCGCGCUGCACGGGACGCGCGCCGCCCGCGUCCCACCGCCCGCGCACCCCCGCACCGCUCCUCGUUGUUCGACGCGCGGCGGCUCCGCGGCCCCGUCCGCGCCUCGCGCCUGCCACACGCGCCUCGCUGCCGCGCAUGCGCCUCAGCCCGAGUGGUCUCCCUCGCCGAGGACGCCGCGUUGCGUCGCGCGCUCCGGCUGCAGCGUCUUCCGUCAGAACCGCCGCCUGCGAUCGCGCCCAAUUGGGAGUGGGUCGCCGAGCUCGUGGGCGAGGCGGCGCGCGCCUACCGGUCGGCGCGAGUGUGUCGCGACCGGCACGACGCGCUCGCCGACCCCGAGCGGGCGUGCUGCCGACACCGGACGUGCCUGCCGCCCGUCGCUGCCUUGAUCGACGAGCGUCCGCGCCUGCCGCUGCACCGGCUCGACGCGGUACGCGACGCAGCCGAACGCCGUCGCGCUGCGCCCAAACGACGAGUCGACGAUCCUCCGCACCGCAAUCCUAAACACGCACAACUACUCGCCGAUCACGGGAUCGACUACGAUGUGCCGCCGACACCAGUCGAGGUGGCCGCGCGCCGGGCGGAUCGUAUUGCACGUGAAAAACUUAAGGCGGCAGCGCCACAAGCGUCGACGACGGCGUCGGCGGUUCCUGUGGCUUCGGCGACGCCCGCGCCGGUGCCAGUGUCGGUGUCGCAGCGCGUGCUGGUGGCGGCACACAGCGGCGCAGGUGGCAAGCCGGACGCACGGCGCCUGCGCGCGGCUACGUCGGAGACACCACGCGCGACCAUCGCGGGCGCCACCGCGACCUCCGCGCCCACCGCGCAACUGCUUUAUAGACAACAAGCUUUUACGGCGCGACAUUUAAAAAUCCUUCAUCAGACUGUGGCGCCUUCCGCUCAGGUAAAUAGCAUUUAGUACUAAGAUAUUUUAUGGUUACUUUGGCGGUAUUUACAACACAUGGCAACUGUAGGUAGUUCAAUUUACAACAGAUAUGGUAUAUUGUUUUCAAUGAGUAGGUGUUGUUAGAUCAUGAGGUAAACCCACUGUGGAUAAUAUAAAAAGUUUAAAAAUAAUUAAAUGAAAAUUUUAAAUAGCCUCAACACAAAAAAUAUGUCUUAAAUGUAAAAAAUAAAUGUGUUUAGCCUUCUCCUUUGUUAUAAGUACCUAGUAUUAUUUUAAUCCAAGCAUGCUUGCGUCGAGAGAUCGAACCACCGAUCAGGGCUUGAAAGUACUACUUAAACAAGAAUGUAAUGUUCAAAAGAUAUCGCAUGCAAGUGUACUUAUUUGGGGGCAAGCGCCACGCCGGCAGAGUGCGAGAGACGAUGUUCACAUGAUAUACUAGUCGCGCAGUUGAUAUGACACGGCGUUUGACGAUUGCUCAAGUUUAUUUCCAACUAUACCUAA